AUGGAACACACUCAUCAAUUAGUAAAGGUGACGAAUUUCAUGCUACACUUGUUUCUACUGCUACCGCUGCAUACAACUGCGCCAAGCAGCGCCACCAGUGCCAGCGGCGGAAAUUCUCCCAUGAGCCCCAACACCAUGGGGCUCGUCGGUGGUGCGUCUGGUGUGGCGGGAAAAGCUUCUACCGAUUUUGUCGCCCCGAUCGGUGGUGGCACGAUCGCAAACAGCGGGCGCGAAAGGUCACACUUAAAAGGCGCUGGAGGCUGUAACCGAGUGGUGUUUAGCUCGAACCGCAUCCGGAACGGCAGCAUCGCACCGUCCCAUUCGAAACAUUCCGGUCUGUUCCCAUCGAGCCUGUGCCAGCUGUACGAGUUCAUUGGCGAUGGUGCGGAACGUGUUCAGAUCAUCUUUUCCGAGUUUCGUCUUCCGUCCCAGCUAGGCCCAACCGAAUGCGGUGACACGGAUAUCCUAAUGGUUUACUACAUCGUUAACGAGCGCGAGGAGCUCGUGGAAACACUUUGCGGUGACACACUGCCUAAGCCGAUACUUUCCGAUGGACCGCGGUUACUGCUGGAGCUUCGCAGCAGCUACAACAACACGGAAAACAAGGGAUUUACGGGAGACUUUUUCUUCCUAACCAAUUUUGGCAUUACCACCGGAUAUCAGCCAAACCAGUCGGAAUGCACCUUUCACUACUUCCGAAACGUUACCAACAAUGGAUGGAUCCAGUCACCGAACUUCCCCGGAGCUUAUCCAAGAAACAUCAUCUGUAACUAUUUCUUUCACGGUGGACCCAAUGAUUUCGUUCACGUGCGUUUCACAUACUUCGACAUCGAAGGAAUACGACCCUGCGACGAGGACACAGCCAGCGAUUACGUGGAGUUUUCUAAUUUUGUCACGCGCGAUCGCAAGUACGAUAUGUACUGUGGUAAAUGGCGGGAGCUUGUGGUUCGUUCGGAUGGCCGUUUCUUUCGCAUUACGAUGGCAUCGAACGAUCGUCUGGAUGGGACCGGCUUUCGGGCAACUUACACAUUCGAAACGGUGCAGAUCGAGACGACGGAGCGGACCGAGGUAGCAUCAAUUGGCAAGGUCACGACGACCAGUGCCGCCAGCAGGUUGCAUGGCGAAGUUGUAAUUUCACGUACGGAUAUUGCGAUGUAA